AUGGGUAGCAUGACGAGUAAGCCAUGGCUCUUAUUUGUUUUGCUUCUAAUCCUCUCUUAUGGCAGGGCAUGCUUCUCCAUAUCUGGUGAUACCCUUUCACCAGGUCACUCUCUUUCUCUUUCAAACAGCGGGAACAUAAAGGACAAUAUUGUUUGGAUAGCAAAUAGAGAAAACCCUUUGUCUGACCUGUCUUUGUCAAGACUUGACCUCUCAGAAGAUGGCAAUCUACUCCUGUUUGGAGGUUCCUCUGGCAUCGAAUGUUUGUUGACAAAUUUGACAUUUCCCCACUCAACUGAAGCAGUACUUGGGGAAGAUGGGAAUUUUGUUUUAAGAGAUAGGUCGAAUACAUCUUCUAUAUUGUGGGAGAGUUUCGACCACCCGACCGAUACAUGGCUCCUAGGUGCAAAGAUUUGGAUCGAUAAUGUUACUCGAAAACAACAGCAACUCGUUUCAUGGAAAAAUUCAGAAGAUCUAGCACCUGAACACAGCUUCUCAAUCACGGCUACCCGCUUGCACUACGCCAAUUGGCAUCAGAGCCUUGACUACCCCAGUCUGAUGGAAAACGACGGAAACAACAGCAACCAUUUCGACACCGAAGAACGGGGAGUGCAGGCCUUUCGAACGGCCGUUGACGCUCAAUCACAACAAUUUCAUCUUAUGGAACGCUCACUUCAAGCAUUACAACAGGUAAUUGCUGGACUUAGAGUUGAUGGCAACAGGAACCGUGAACACAACCGAAAUCGCGACCACGAAGAGGCUCAUGGCCAUCCCGAAAGUGAUCGUGGUCCUGGACCUUGA